AUGGCAGACAGCCUUGAUGGAGCCGCUGGGCGCCGCUGGCAGAGAGUCCGUGGUGGGGGGCCUACACCAGUGGUACUUUGCGAACGCGGGCGCGCCGAUCCGCACGCCCACGGUGCUACUGCACGGGUACGCGUCGUCCGCGGUGAGCUUCCACCGCAACCUCGCGGCGCUGGGCGCGCAGGUGGAGCAGCUAUACGCGCUGGACCUGCCAGGCAACGGCAUGUCGCAGGAGCUGCCGCUGGGGCCCGCGGCGGCGCGCGCACUGGCGCGGCGUGGUGGCGCGCGCGCGGACAUCCGCGCGCUGGAGGACUACUACCUGGACGCGCUCGAGCGGUGGCGCGCGGCCAACGGGCUGGAGACGCUGAACGUCGUCGGCCAUUCGUUCGGCGGCUACCUGGCAUUCAAGUACGCGUUGAGGCACCCCGCGCGCGUGCAGCGGCUAUGCCUCGUGUCCCCGCUCGGCGUCGAGCGCAACAGCGGGUCGGUGCAUGCCCGGCAGGGCGACGCGCCGCCGGACCCGUCCUCCGACCCCGCCUCGCCGCACUACACGCGCGCGGCCGUGCUUCCGCCGUUCCUCUUCGAGCAGCAGCUGCGCGUGCUCCGCUGGCUCGGCCCGCUGGGCGCGCACCUGCUGUGGCAAUACGUGAACGCGUCGUUCUCGCGCGUGCCGGGCCGCGAGUUCCACAGGUACACGUUUGCCCUGCUGCACCGCCUCGCGCUGCGCCCGUUGCCGCGCAAGCUGUUCACCGGUCUCUUCACCAACGCGCUGCUCGCGCGCGACCCGCUGCUGGACUCGCUAGCGGAGCUAAAGGUCCCGAAUGUGCAGCUGCUCUACGGCGACCACGACUGGAUGGACGCGCGUGCGGGCCGGGCCCUGGUCGCGGAGCUCAACGCUCUGCGCGGCCGCCCGGACGCCUCCUUAGCCAUAGUCCCCGCUGCCGGCCACAAUCUCUUCCUCGACAACCCUGA